UACUGCUCCUUUAAAUUGGUUUCGCAUCCGGAGCAGCUUCCCUCUCAUCAGACAGACACAGGCCAGCGUCCCACCCGACAACAAGCCAUCACACACGGCUGUUUACCAGCGGACACCAGGUGCACUGCUGCUGCCGGCCAGUUCACCAUGGCUCAGAACCAGGUGAUCUUGCAGUUCCGCUUUGCCACAUUUGGGGACUCCAUGCUGCGGAAGAUGAACCUCCUGCGUCACCAGAAACGCUUCUGUGACGUCACUGUGCGCAUCAACCAGCUGGAGGUCCCGGGUCACAAGGUGGUGUUUGCUGCUGGUUCGUCUUUCCUGAGAGACCAGUUCAUCCUUCAGCAGGACUCCAGGGAGGUCCAGAUCUCUAUGAUCCAGGAGGCAGAGGUGGGCCGGCAGCUGCUGCUGUCCUGCUACACAGGCCAGCUGGAGUUUCCUGAGCUGGAGUUGGUCCACUACCUGACGGUGGCCAGCUUCCUCCAGAUGGGCCACAUUGUGGAGCAGUGCACUCAGGCCUUAAAUAAGUUCAUCAAACCGCAGGCUCCGCAGCAGCUGGAGGUGGAUGUAGAGAUGAGACGAGAGAACAGGGAGGAGGGUCUGUCCUCUCAGGCCCUAAAAGAACAAGAGCGCUCGCAAGUGCGGACUGUCCAUCAGGAGGAGGAGGAGGAGGAGGAAGAGGAGGAGCAGGUUGAGGACCACAACAGUAGUGAUGAUGAUGAUGAUGACGAUGAUGAUGUCAUUAUACAGCCUAAGUCCCCUCUCCAGAUGUUGGACAGACGUCCAAGGCAGGGCGUGGUCGAGAGUGACAUCACCAUAGUAAAGGUGGAGUCUGUGUCUGACGUAGCGGAAAAUUCCAUCACCGGUCACUUCCCCACCAGCCCCCCCGCUGCCCUGCACUCCCCCGAGCCCCAACACUCGCUCAUCAACUCCACCGUGGACAGUCGCAGCAGUGAGAUGGCGGUGCCGCCUGGCAUGGCCGGAUACCCGCUCAGCCCUCCUCCUCCGUCCUCUCCAGCAGAAAAACACAUCGGGUUCCAGAGGAACUACGACAAGCCUCUGCAGUGGUACCACCAGUGUCCAAAGUGCUCCCGGGUCUUCCGCCAGCUGGAGAACUACGCCAACCACCUCAAGAUGCACAAGUUGUUCAUGUGCCUCCUGUGCGGCAAGACCUUCACGCAGAAGGGCAACCUGCACCGACACAUGCGCGUCCACGCCGGCAUCAAACCCUUCCAGUGUAAAAUCUGCGGGAAGACCUUCACCCAAAAGUGUUCUUUACUGGAUCAUCUAAACCUGCACAGCGGGGACAAGCCCCACCGCUGUAACUACUGUGACAUGGUGUUCGCUCACAAGCCAGUUCUCCGCAAGCACCUCAAACAGAUCCACGGGAAGAACAGCUUUGAUAACGCAAACGAAGGCAACUUGCACGACGGGGGGCUUGACUUUGAUUUUGGCCAAAUAUGAAACUUCUAGGCCUGUUUUUAUCUGUUAAAAUCUAUCGGCCGCUCUACUAGGUAUGACGCAGACUUUCCAUCCAAGCGAGACUUUGUCCAGAUGAGUCCGGCUAAACUUUACAGUUCCAGAAACUGACGCAGUUUAUACGAAAACUCAAGCAUAGAUCUUGUUUAUCCUUAUAUGAGAAGUCUGCGAUUGUGACAAGAUCAGUUCAGCUUUAUUGAACGUGAUGGCUGAUUUUACUUCCAACUGUCAGCCCGGUGGCUUAAACUGGAGAACACGGAUAUAAAAAGGAGUUUUUCCUGGUUGACAUUUCACUGUAGCUUCAUUACGUGGACUUUUAAUUUUCUACAAUAUAUUGUAGAUGCCUUCAUAUCGUACUUGAAAAUUCAGCACUGAAACACAGAACAUAAUGACUGUAUAUCAUUAGUUUUAUUGAUGAAUUCACAUGUCUUUGUGUCUAUUCUGUUCAAUGGAGAAAAAAAAAUUAGAAAUAUCCAUUUGUAUAUUGUGUAUACAGUUCAGUGUAGCCUCUUUCUUUCUUGUGUUAUUAUAAAACACAGACUUUAUCACUAGAAGAAACUUGAAGGCAGGUGGGUAGAUUAAUAUUUUAUUGAAGGCAAGCUACACCACUUUCUCUUAGUGACGAAUGGGAUGCCAAAGUGUCUAUUUGAACUGAAAUGGUUCUUUUUUUUUUUCUUUUUUUUAACAGACUGACUCUAUAAUGGAGGUACUUUUGGACCAAAGUGACAUUUUAUCUGUCAUGUGUUCAUGGAAAUCAUUGUGUGUUAUGAUA